AUGAAUGUAUCCUACACCCCCAUCACCAUUAGGUACUUGGACAAUGAAAAGAACUUAUGUUUAGCAUCAUCAGGUGUACUUAUUUCAUCUACUACUUCCACCACCACCACUACUAUUACUACUUCUAAUCAUUCUUCAUUUCAUAAGGGCAAGGACUUUAUCCUCACAAUAAACCAUAUUCCAAACAUUUCACAAUAUAAAAUCUACACAAGUCACCAUGAUAAUUUAGGACUAGACAAUGUCGAAUGGCAUCAAAUCAAACUUUUGAAAAUUAUUGAUGUUCCCUUGAAUGAUCUUGCACAACUCUCGAAUGGAGGUUUCAGUUUACUCCCAAGGGAUUAUACUGCAGGCAACGUUUCUAUUAUGAUAUUAACUUCCCCAUCAUCACUAAAAACUACAAAAGCAACCAAAAUAGCAAACCAACAGUUGCAAGUGGCCCCAGGCGAAAAAGUUGCUGGUGGUGACAUAAUCAAAAUAAUCUCCUCACCAUUCAAUGCAACGAAUCUGCUAGUGUUUAGAAACUUCAUUAGUAUGGGAAAUGUAGUAUACAAUUUACAUGAUGCAUUCUAUUUCACAGAUAUCAAAUAUCUAGAUGAUAUGCACGGUGCCAUAGUACUCAACAAAAAUAGUCAAGUUAUAGGGCUUGUCUUGGGCUGUUUAAGGAAAAAGAAUGGCGAUGGAGAAUUAACCGUAAUUAUACCGUGGUCUAAAGUUGCCAAACUCGCAAAGAUUGAGGAUUCAACUAUUAGUUCGAGCCCACAUCCUCCAUCAUCAUCAUUACCACCACUACCACCACCACCACCAAAAGUUCUAAAGCCAACCACUUUACCGGUAAACCUGCUGUCCAGUAAAGUUAAUCCACCAGUAUUCCCAAUUAUAAUAAACUCUAAUGGGAACCACACGUGGGGCUCAACAACUCUAUACAAGCCAAAUGUUUUUAUAACAAAUGCCCAUGUUGUUGCCCCCUAUUUAAACUCAGCACAUACAUCUAACUCCAAUGAUAGUUCAAUUGAGAUCAGAUUGAAAAAUCGUAUACUCACAUUAACUCUUAAAGACACCAAGAUUAUUAUUCCUUCUCCAGAUAUAGAUCUUGCAUUUCUCAUACUUGACAAACAAACACAUAAUAUAACAUUCCCCAACUUGCACAUUGUCCCAUUCAAUACACCUAAAGGCCAUAGCCCACUGGUAAAUGAAGAUGUUUAUACAAUUUCAUAUGGAUUGUUUCCCAACACACAAUUAGUCUCUCACGGAAUAAUAAACUGUGUUUACCAAACACCUGACUAUCCGGCAAUGAUUGUUUGUUCAGCAUCGUGUUGGAAUGAAAGCUCUGGUGGUGCUUUAAUAAACAAUAAGAAUGAACUAGUAGGCGUGAUAUGCUGUAAUGCAGAAGUACCUUCUUUACAAAGCUCGCAAAAGACAGAAAAGAUUACAGACUUUACAUUUGUAUUACCAGUUGCAAUCAUAGACCAUUGUUGGAAUAGUAUAACAUAUGAUAAAAUGCAAAAAAGUAUUGUUUUGGAUCCAAGAGUUGGUAAAUUGUGGAAACUCGAACCAUUUCACCUGGAAACAUAUGUGGAAAUGUCAAAACUCUAA